AUGUCUACUCUCAAGGCUGUCAAAUACUCACGAGGCCAGCUCCAGGUCCUCGAUCAGCUCCGUCUUCCUCACGAGUUUCACUACGAUGAUGUUUCCAACAGGACAGAGGCUUUUGACAGCAUUGCCUCCAUGCGGGUACGAGGUGCACCUGCUAUCGCGAUUGUGGCAGCGCUUGGCCUGGCUGUAGAACUUCAUAAUGGAAGUAUCACGGCUUCGAGCGCCGAAGACACCAUCUCCCAGAUCGAUGAAGCUCUUGACUAUCUGAAAGAAAGCCGCCCUACAGCUGUCGAUCUCACCAAUGCCAUUAACCAGCUCAAGGCCACGAUACGAGCGGUUGGCAGCACUGCCAUCAAGGAGGAGGUCAUCUCAGCUUUCAUCGAAGAGGCUGAGGAGAUUUUCGAGAAGGAUCUCCAGACCAACCUCUCUAUCGGCGACCACGGCGCUGAGUGGCUGCGAUCACAAGCUGGUGCUUCCUCUGAUAAAAAGAUCUCUGUUCUUACUCACUGCAACACUGGGUCACUUGCAACAUCCGGCCACGGCACCGCCUUGGGUAUAAUCCGAACUCUCCAGUCCAAGGACCUCCUUCAACACGCUUUCUGCACCGAGACCCGACCUUACAACCAGGGAAGCAGACUCACUGCUUUCGAGCUGGUCUUUGAGAACAUUCCCAGCACUCUCAUCACUGAUUCAAUGGCUGCAUCGCUCUUCCGAAACCGGAAGCAAGAGAAGAACAUCGCUGCUGUCAUUGUGGGUGCUGACCGUGUGGUUCGUAACGGUGACACCGCCAACAAGAUUGGUACAUACCAGCUUGCAGUUCUGGCCAAGCACCACGGCAUCAAGUUCAUCGUCGCUGCGCCUACGACCAGCAUCGAUCUUGAGACCGAGACUGGUGACGGCAUCAAGAUCGAGGAGAGAAAGGCGGUCGAGCUUACACAGAUCACAGGCGCUGUGAUCAAGUCCGAUGGUACUGUGGAUGAGAGCAGCAAAGUGCGAAUUGCCACCGCUGACCAACGCAUCAAUGUGUGGAACCCCGCCUUCGAUGUUACCCCAGCAGAACUCAUCGACGCCGUAGUCACUGAGAAGGGUGCCAUCGAGAAGGGGCCAGACGGAAACUUUGACUUCAGCAAGAUCAUGCCGGAACGAUGGGCGAAGAUUAUCGGUGCCUAA